GGGCACCUGUUGAAGGAGUUAUCUACCUUAGUUACACAGGGGGAGCUUUGACAUCAUGGCGGCAUCUUCGGUAUUUAUGGUGAUGGCCAGUGGCCAGAUUGAAACAGCAGAGUUUCCCGAGUUUGAUGACAUCUACUGCAGAUACUGUUACACACAUGGCCCAGAUUGGCUGAUUACUACGGGCAUGGAGGAGGGUAUCACACAGAUUACAAAGAAGAGUCGAGAUGAGAAGCAGAUAUUUGUGUGGAAUUUCCCCCUUGACGUCACGUUCAAAAGCACCAACCCAUAUGGAUGGCCACAAUUUGUUAUUCAUGCAUAUGGUUUAGACGUGUUUGGUACGGAUGUUGUACGAGGCUACGGAACCUGUCAUGUUCCCAUCACUCCUGGAAGACACAAAAUCCGCGUUCCAAUGUUUGUUCCCGAGUCAUCAUCCCCUCUACAGAAGUUAACCAGUUGGUUCCUCGGCCGCCGACCUGAAUAUGUGAACCCUAAGGUCGUGGCACAAGGUGAAGGUCGUGAAGUGACGAGAGUCCGUUCGCAAGGUUUUGUGACCAUCUCCAUGAAUGUGAUCAUGAAAGACAUGAAGAAACUGGGUUACGAUGUCGUCCCGUCUGAUGUCAGCAGUCCCAGCAUGCCAGAGUCUGUAGGUGUAACCACGGCAACAGAGGCUUGAAGAAGAUCUACCAUUUCUACCAAGUUGGCAGCAGUUUCUACAAUGUCAAUUUAAUUUUAACCUUUGUGUUAAGAAGAGAAAUUAUUUUAACAUGACAACAAGCAAAUUUUAUCCUAUGCUUUUUUUAACCCUAAUUUUCUGAAAAUACUAAUUACAGGAUUUGAGAGUGAAAUCAGAUAUGCUCCGUCUUCAGGUUUAUCACAUCAUGACGUUGAAAUAAGUGAAAGAUGAUUAAUCAUGAAUAUGAUCAUGAUAAUGAAAGGUUUGGAUGUAUUGGAUUAUAAUUUAUAUCAUUGCCUUUUCAUCUGUUUUAUUUCUACUGCAGUUUGUUUUACAAAUAGUGAUACAUCACAAAAACAGACGUGAUCUGUGGAGUCGUGUUCAGUGUUAGGUCGUAUUUGGUCCUAGACUUAGGACAUUUACCAUGCUCUAGUUGUAUAUGGUGUACAUAGUUCAGUUAGCUGACAUUCAUUACUACUUUUAUACAUUGUAUCUGCAUACAAGGUCACAACUAAAAUCAUCUUAGUUAUCAAAUAUGUAUUCAUAUGUAUAUCUCAUCAUGUGAAGGACAUAUUUGGCCAGUUGUGGUGUAUAUAUACAUGUUUUUAUUGUAUAAUUCUGUCAUUCCACAUCCGUCCAUUUCAAUUGUUAUCAAGUACUUACUGAAUUAAAGUCUGUAUAUUUCAAAA